GUACACUACGCAUCUAGGUGGUAGCCAGGCACGGCACGGCACAGCGUUGGGGCUAGGAAGCCCCGCGAUCUUGUCGUCCUUUGCCCGACAUCGCCUGCCUGCCUGCCUCCGUCCAGCAAUGACCUCAAGGUUUGUCCUCGAGUCGAGCUAGUGGCCGCCGCUCACGCACCCACCAUCCGCCGCCGCCACUCUGAGAGACCGCUUCUCCUUGCCUAGUCGAGCGCUGUCACCCGCGCCAGCACUCCUCCUCUGGAAUGUGCAAGUCGGCGACGUAUUAGCUGCGGCCCAGUCCACCUCUUUGAGAUUCCUCUUAUUCGGCGUGCUCGUCGCGGGGUUUCUGGCCAAAAAAAGAAUUAUUUGCCCAAAAGAAAGCCGUCUGCUAGCAGUCCUUACCCACAGCGCGCGCAUCCCUGAUGGGCCUGCUGCCGACGGAUCGCCCACAUGGAACACGACGUGUCAAGCCGCGCCGGCAGUCGGCUGUCUCGUCACACGGAUCCCAACGCAAAGCCCGCCCCCGCGGCGCCCGGUGUCGGCCCCGAUGCAGACGCUUCUCCUCCUGGCCGAGCCGCCGUUGCAUCCGGCUCGCCGCUCCGUAGUGCUCAGGACCCGGCCGAUCAAAUGCAGGCGGACUCGACCGACGAUGAUAAUGACGACGACGACGGCUCUGACGUGGAUUCGGCGCUGGGCGAAGAUGACUUUCGUGAUGAUGACAGCAUGUCGACAGUCUCCCUCUCGGAAAGCAUUCUGCAGUAUCGCCUGAUCAAUGGCCGGAGGUAUCACAGUGCGAGUCACGGCUCGUCGUAUUGGGGCCCCAACGACGAGCGAUCCAGCGAUGCCGAGGACAUCAGCCACCAGGUGUUUUUAUGCCUGCUAGAGAACAAACUCUUCCUGGCGCCACUGCAGAAAGAAAAGAUCAGAAAAGUGCUAGACAUCGGCACAGGUACAGGCAUGUGGGCCAACGACUUUGCCGACGACUUUCCCGGCGCAGAGGUCAUAGGCACAGACAUCUCUCCGAUACAACCGGCCUGGACGGCGCCAAACUGCCGCUUCGAGAUGGAAGACGCGGAACUGCAAUGGACGUUUGCACGCAGCUCGUUCGACUUUAUCCACAUGCGCACAAUGGGUGGCGCGAUACAAGAUUGGCCCAAGCUGUACCGGCAGGCGUACGAUGCUCUUCGGCCGGGCGGGUGGAUCGAGAGCUACGAGACCGAAGCCAUGUUUUCCAGCGACGACUGCGAGAUCGCCGAGGACUCUCCGCUGAGGAUGUGGCCGCGUUACUUCGGGGAGGCCGGCAAGCUGAUGGGCCGGACGUUUCAAGUUGUGAGCGAGAAUGUCCAGGUCACCGGCAUAGAAGCUGCUGGCUUUAAGAACAUCGAGGUCGUGCAGAUGAAGUCCCCAAUUGGACCUUGGUCGUCAGAGCCGAGGCUGAAAAAGUCAGGUCUUUAUGCUUAUCUCGCGCUCGACCAAGACUUGGAAGGCUAUAUAUCCUAUGUCUGGACCCGUGUUUUGAAGAAGCCCAUCGAAGAGAUGCACGUGUACCUUGCGAGGUUUCGAAAAGCCAUACGCGCGCCGAACGCGCGAAUAUAUCUGCCCCAGAAGAUUGUCUACGCACAGAAGCCUCUCGAUGCAGAAUAGCUUGCGGACCGGGCGCAGGAUCAAGAGCGACCAGUCAUCUAUCACACGACACUUCAUGGCGGCCAGCGACCACAAUUACAAGAGAGUGUCCAACUCGUGAACACUUUGGGCUACCAGUCGGUCCAAUUCGCGGGCUCUGACGACAAAGCACAGGAUAUCUCAUGUCUGAGUAAUAAAAAAGAGGGGAAGGAACGACCUACGGAGGUUACAAAUCAUUUUCACAUAGGUAAUCAUGGUCAAUAGACAGACAGGUAAUCGUAA